GGUGCAAGAAAGAGUCGAAUGAGAUCGUCAGUUGUAAUGUAGAACAGCAGGUUUGCAUUUAGAUUACGUGUUAGAUCAGUAUAUAACAUUAUGAGAAAAACUAUGUUUUAAUCAAACUGAGUGCAUAUAACGCUACCCCAGUUUCAGGUGGUGUGUGGGGGUCGAGGAAGAGUGAAAGGAGUGCCUGCGAAGAAAAACUACCGCAAAUUUUGUGCCGAUCAACGAUCGGUUUAGCUGACUGGUUCGUCGAGCUGGCUUUGCGGCGGAUUGGCUGGGAGCAGAGCGACGGUCGAGAUGGCUGAUUUCUACGAUCCAGCAAGUCCAACAGAAGAUGACUUGGCUUGUGGGACGUCUGAUGAUGAUUCUGCUGCUAAGGUUUUAUCCAGUACAUCAGCGUCAUCAACAAGAUGUGUCAGACGCACAGAAGAUGACAUGGAUGUUCGAGAGACACAGGCAGCAUCAAGUAGUGCUCCUGAUACAGCUUCUGUAACCUUGCCUACCAAUCCUCCAAGUCUGUCCUUGAAUGUGUCCAUGAUUCCACCAAGUGUAUCAUUAAACCCUCCAAGUAUUCCUUCUCAUGUGCUGGUAUCUUCAGAACCUGAAGUCCUAGCUGAGUUUCCAACCAUAGACUUAGACAAUGUUCCACUUCCACCAACUCCACCUCAAAGCAGCAAGUCUUUCCCUGUACCACCUUCACCUGCAUCUCCCCCAGUUCCCAGACGAGGAAAGAAAAAAAAGAAAAAUAAACGAAGAGAGGAAGAGGCACCUCCUCCCCCACCUCCUAAGAGAACGGUCCAAAAAGCGCGCAUCGCAGAAUUAUGCGAACAGAGAGGGUUUUGAUUACAAGACAUAUGUCUCUGAAGAACCUCCACCACCACCACCACCACCACCACCACCACCACCUCCACCUGAUACCGAAUUGCCAUCUACCUUAAAAACAGUUGAAGUUGAGGAACAGUCUCUAGCACAGAAGCUUUUAAGUAAAGCAAUCAGUUCGGCCACUGCUGAAGAAAAUAAGAACUCAUUAGAAACACCUUCAGUACAGAUGCCUUUGAAACAGGCAGGUGUGAAGGGAAAAGUAUCAUUUCAGAUUAAAUCAUUUAAAAAGCCAAUUGUGCCAGUUACAGAUGAAGAGCUGGUGGAGGAGGCCAAAGAUAACGAGAACGAAGUAGCAGCAGGUGAAGUUCCUGUCCAAGCUAAGUCUGCUUUUAAACUAGAUAUAUUUGAAGAUGCUCAGGAUAAAGAUGAAGAUAAAUCUGAAGUGAUACCUGUUAGGUUUAAGGUGUUGAAGAAACAUGACAUGUUUAGGCCGGGUGUUAAAGAAGAAAUACAAAGUGAGGAUAAUAAGGCAUCAGCAGUGCCAGAAGUGCCACACCACACUGCUCAGGAAGCUAAGGAACUUGCUCUGAAAUAUAAAGAGGUGUUGGAGAAAGCUCUUCGUCAGGGCUCGUCCACCGACCCAGCUGGUGAUGCUGCCAUUGAAAAAGAUGGCACAGGCUCUGAUGGUUAUAAAGCAGUAAAAGAAAUCGAAUCUAAUUCUAAUGAAAUCCUGGGUCAAAGUGUGGAUACUGCAACAAGAAAGGAGACUGGUUUGGGACUGAAGAGACCAUCUCGUUACACAGGCGAUCGAUCUCCCGACAGACGAUCUGUACGUCACAGAGGCAGCCAGUCUGAAGAAAGGGACCGUAAAAGAUCUCCUGCUAAGGACCGCACGCACCAAAGAUCACCUGAUAAAGAUAGGUACCACCGAAAGGAUUCUUCCCCAAAACGUGAAAGAUCUCGCACACCAAACAGGGAAAGAUCACGCACUCCAAAAAGGGAUCGGUCACGCACACCAAAAAGAGAAAGGUCAAGGACACCAAAAAGGGACAAGAGAGAUCGAUCUCGUACGCCUGACAGAAUACAUUCUCGUCGGUCCAGAGCCUCUAGGGAUAGGUCAAGAAGUCCUGUAGUCCGAAUUCCUAGCCGGAGACGAUCACGAUCACCUGUACGAAGUCGAACCCGUCGAGGAAGAUUGUCUCCUUUCAGAAACCGGUCUCGCAGUCGUUCUCCCUACAGGGUGCAUUCUCGCAGACGAGGCAAGUCAUCCAGUCAGUCACAGUCAAGAUCGCAUUCUCCUACACCUGCGAGGAUUUAUUCUGCUAAAAGCAGGCGCUCUCCUGUUCGAAGAAGGUCAAGGACUCCAAACAGGCGAAAGUCGAGAACCCCAGAUAGACGGUCGAGAACUCCAACUAGGCGAAGGUCAAGAACCCCAGAUAGACGAAAGUCAAGAACUCCAGAUAAAAGGAAGUCAAGAACUCCUGAGAGACAAAAGUCGAGAACUCCAGAGAGACAAAAGUCGAGAACUCCAGAGAGACAAAAGUCCAGGACCCCAGAUAGACAAAAAUCAAGAACUCCAGAUAGAUGCGAGUUAAAAACACUAGAUAAAUUGGGCGUAAAUAGAGAAAAUGUUUCCCAAGUUGAAAAUAAAUUCAGUGCCGAUGAUGUGAGUAAAGAUGUGAGUGAAGACGUGAGUAAAGAAGUAACUGAGAUACAAAAAAGUGUAGUUGAGGAGGAACAUGUUCACACUGAGGAUGUAUUUAAAGAGAGGGAUCCUAAGGAUAUCAGAUCGUCAUAUGAAACUGAACAGGAUAAACUAGUUACACAUAGUCUUCCUGAAGUAUCUCACAAAACAUCUAGUGAAAGACAAGUGUCUGGUGAAACACAAAGUCAGAGUAUGACAGAUCAAGUGGAAGAAGAACAUGGGACUUCCACGGAAAUGGAACAAAUAGUAUUAACACAGCACACUGUAGGAAAUGCUACUGGGGAAUAUUCAGCUUCUAAGGAUAUUAAAGAUAAUUUUAGUCAGGUCCAUGCCAUUGAUGAUUCAAGAGUGAAUACUAUUAAACAUAAAACAUCUGAAGAAGAUGCUUCUUUAGCAUCAGUAAAAGCUAGACUCUCAGAGCUGUGGUCAUUGCCCUUAGAACCUAUAAUACCCAUAAAGGAAGGUAUAUCGGUAGCUAAAGUCAAGUCCAAGACAUCUGAUAUGGAUAAAGUCAUUAAAGGUAACAAGGGUAAGAAAGUGCAUGCUGAUAAAAAUGAGGAGAAAGGGUUUGUUGAAAAAAUCAAGGAAAAAACGGGAAAGCUUGAUGCCAUUGAGGAUUUUGAAAAUGAACCCUUGUCUCAAGCUCAUAUUAGUUCAGCGCAUAUUGAUAGUAAAGUGAAGAAAGCAUCUUUGGAUAAAAUGGAGGACAGUGAAGUUUUACCUGAAGCCCAUAGUAAUUUAUUACCAAAAGCUAUCAAAGAAAAGAAAACAUCUUUUGAUAGCAGUCAAAACCAUGAAAGUGAUGUGUCAGCUGAAGUGCAAGUGAAGGGUAAGGUCAAGAAAACAUCUCUUAGUGAGAGUGAGGGCAGGGAAAGGGAAGCAGUUGAAGAGCGUAGUAGGUCAGGGCAUGAAGGUGGUAAAGGAAGGAGGACAUCUGUUGAUAGAGGUGGUGAUAGAAAGGAAAGUGAUGUUCCAAUUGAAGCUAGUACUAAUCCUAUUCAGAAAGAUGUGUUUGUGUAUCAUCAGUUUGAAAAGUCAAAAUGGGAGGACACGGACAGUUCAGAAUUGACGGACAGUAGUGUUUUGGAAUAUUCCUCCAAAUUUGGAGACCGAUACAAACCAUCACGCGAUAGAGAUCGGUUGGAUCAAAAGGGUAGAGCAGGUGCUUUAGAUAAAGGUAAUAGACAGUCAAAAUUAUGUGAUGAUAAGCCUUAUUCCAGAAGACAAUCUUGGGAGGAAAGUUCAAGACAGCAUCGAAGACCAGAAAAACAUAGUACAUACAAAAAACAAGAGAAUCGAGAUUAUCAUGAAAGUAGUGAAAAAAUUCCAUAUGAUCGAGAUUAUAAAUCCAGAAGCAGGCAUUCACAUAAGGAUUUCUGUUCCACACCAGACUCUCUUUCUGAGAAGUCUACCAAAUCUCUGCCUAGAAGUCGCGAGUCUGAUGUCAGAGGUAUUAAAAAUCGUGUCGGUGUUAAAAAAGGUGAUGAGAAGGAACAUGAACAGGCUGGAGGUAAUGUUGCUAAAGUUAUUGUUCCUGGAGGAUUUUCAAGCAUAGUGUCAGCUUAUGGAUCAGAUUCAUCAGAUGAAUCAAACCUGUCUCCAUUAACUUUGUCUGAGCAGACAGAGGUAAAAAAAAACUUGGAUAAUAAAGUUAUAGAUGCUUCGAAAAUGGUGAUGGGAGAACAGAAAAACUUAAGUUUGAAAACUGAAAUAUUUGAAUGUUCAGGAUAUUCAGUAAGAUCUGAAAAAGUGAAACAUGAAAGUCAGAACACUCGGGAAUCUGAUUCUAAACAAACAUCUGUUGCCUGUCACAAUGAAAAUAAUAGUGCCAUAGGUUGUUCAGCAGCAGACGAAACAACAUAUAGUGGCAAUGCUUCCUCCAAGUCUCAGUUUAAUAUCACAUCAUCUGCUUGUGUUAAAGUGGUUUUGGCUGAUUCAUCUGAAACAUUACAGACCAUUCCAGUGAGUGUAAGAUGUUCAACUAGUAAUGUAGACUUAAAUCAGAAACUGCUAGUUAGUGAUUGUUCUUCAGGAAAAACACAUACUGCUUUGUUAGUUGAUGAAAUGAAUAUUGAAGGUCAGCUGUCUUCAUCCCCAUCAUCAUCACCACCGCCACCACCACCACCAUCAUCACCACCGUCACCUCCACCUCCACCGCCAUCAUCACCACCACCACCACCACCACCUCCAUCUUUGCUACCUCCAGCAUCUCACCAAACUCAAGUUUUAAAAUAUAACGAAAAUGUAAGCUCGUGUUUCAGCAGUCAUACCACUCGGAUUCAGACUGAUAAAGAAAUGAAGAAGAGUGUUGGUGAUAACUUUCAUAUAAACAGAGAUUUUCCUUUGUCUUUACCAUCGAUUGUUACAACAGAGGGUAGUUCACCAUCAGCUGCCACGACAGAGGGUAGUAACAGUGACAGUGUCAGUAGUUCAACACUUGUAGGAAGUACUCGGAGUUUGUCACCGGUUCUACAGUUAGGUGAGGAAGCACAUGCAGGUAGUAGCUUGAGUGUUUCUGUUACUGGAUUAACUGAUUCACUAAUGCAUUCAGACAGUCUGUUCUCACCUGUGGUAACAUCGUCUGUAGAUGAAGCUGAAAGACGUCCAGGUCUACGUGGUCCAGUACAAAUUGCCUCGCAUGCAGUGAUCACUCCUGCUGUGUCAAAGUUUGUCAAAUCUUCAAAGAUGAGUUCUUCUCUACAUGGAGACCAUUCUAAUAUAGAUGCAGUUCAUCCUGCUAUAUUUGAAUCAGCUAAAAUUAGUGUACCAGUCAUAAACAUCAGUAGUGAAGAAAUAAAUGUUAGUAGACUAAAACAUGAUGUAGAUACUGGAUCUGUGCAAGUAAAAUUUAAAACAGAAAUGAAUGAUGUCUUGGAUGCAAAGAAAUGUGAUAGCCUUACUGAAAAUGGUUUGCCCGAUUUACAGAAACACUCUCCUACAAGGAUACUUUCUCCUACAGAAAGGUUUUCUCUGGCAAAGGUUGAUUCAGAUGAUUUUGAGGUAAUGAAGCCAAGCUCCGAUUCCUUUGAGAGUAUGCAGUUUGAUAAGGGAGAGCAGCUUGAGGUGCCUUCGUGGGAAAGUGUAGAACAACCAAGUGUUGGUAGGUCUCCUAGUGACUUUGAAUUAGGUCAGGACAAAACAUCUAAAGAUGGCAGAGUAUUAGGGGUGAAGGUUGCAGUUGGCGAAUCAUCAGACAGUGAGGUUUCAGAAUCAAACCAGAAGGAACAAGUUGUUCGGGAACCUGAAUUGUCAUUUGAGAUGCAUGCUGAAAUUACUGCUGUUGACAAGGAGAAGAGUGUUCCUUUUGAAGUUGCAGGAGCUGUAAUAAUAGAAGGCAAGGAAAAUAGUAAUACAGUCACAGAAGGUAAGGAAUUUACACCAGAUACUUCAUCUGCCUGUGAAAGUUCUGCCCCAGUUGCUAGUCCUGUAAAAGGUGCUGUAACAAGAAGUAGAGGACGGAUAUCUAACACAAGUAACAAUGAUUCUGCUGUGGUGUCUGAAUCAAGUGAUGUAUCAAUCGAUAGUCCCACACAGCUACGGAGACGUAGUGGGCGUUUGCAGAAGAAAUUUGAGCAAAAUCCUAUCAAGAUGGAUGUGCCAAAGAAAGUUCCAGAAAAGAAAGGCAAGAAAGAUAAAAAGUCACAGCCUGUCGAGAUAAUAUUGCAGAAUCUUGAGCAAGUCACAGAAACAAAUUUGAACAAGAUAGAUGACAAUCAAGCAAAAAUGUUCAUUAAGACUUUUGAUGAAGUGUCUUCUGAAAAGAUACCGGCAUCUGUUCAAGGGUCUAUUGAAAAAUCAGCAGCAACAUCUACUGAAACCAGUGAAAUAGUUCCUGUUGAGUCGAAGGAAAGAACCAAAACAGUCAUGGUCUUUAAAACAAAGAGUAAAAACAAACUACAACAGAUACCAGUGAUAAAUAUACAGAAAAUAGAAGUAGUAGGUGCUGGAUCAAAGCAGUAUGAUGAUCAGCCAAAAAUGACAUGCCCCUCUAGUUCGAAUGAGAGUGAGGAAACAGACACAACAUUACCUAAAAAGUCAGUUGUUGAGGAAGAACCUCAAAAGAUACCCACAAUAGAACAGUUAGAAGUUAAAAAUGAAUUUGGCUCAAAAGAUGAUAAUUCAAAAACAGAUUUUCUGUUAAAAGUGAUAGAGGAGAAAAGGAAAAUGGAUAUUCGUCUGGAAGAAAGAAAAAAGGCUGAGGUAAAAGAGAAACGUUUACGAGAUGCUCGGGAAGAAAAAGAUCUUCGUGAUCAAGAGGAGCGUGAAUGCCGUGAACGAGACCGGAGGGAGCGUGACCGUGAACGACGAGAGAAGGAGGACCGAGAUCGGCGAGAGCGAAGUCGCAAGAAAUACAGUGAUGACAGCGAGGAUGAUGACCGCUACUACCGCAGUCACACCAGACGGCGCCGGGAUCGAGACAGAGACGACAAGAGACGGGAUGAACGGCGGUCACGUGAUCGGGAUGAUCGCGAUCGGUCUUACCGCGAAUCAAGAUCACGGAGACGUUACGAUCGUAGAGACAGCAGGUCACCUGACUACAGGAGAGAUAGCCGUUCUCCUGACUACAGGUCAAAAAGUAGGUCUAAUAAGAAAACUGAUAGUUCAUCAAAGUCUUCUAAACCUCAAGUGUCUUCAUCUCAAAGCGAGAAGGAUGGAUCUUCACCACGGUCAUCCAAGAAUGAUUCAGGUCACAGUCCACUGAGACCAGAGAAGGUGAAAUCAAGGUGGAGGAGAGCCAGUGAGGCGGAACAGAAAUCAGAAUUGUCUGAUGUCACAAAAGUAACUGUUGAAACAGAAAAGGCUCCAUCACAGGAAGCUGCUGUUGCACUGUUCCCUCCAACAGAACAUAUACCAGUAUCUACUAGUCAGAUUGCCUUUCAACCAGAAGCUAUUCCUAGUCCAGCACACAGCCAGCAAGUGUUUUCUCACCCACCUCCAGGCUAUGGACAGCCAGGGGUUCAUGGAGUUCCAGCUAAUUAUCAACAUGGACCUAUUGAUUUUGAGACCAACCCUCCAUGCUUUGAAACUGGACCACCACCACCACCAGUUCAUCCAUCUGGAUAUGAAGUCCAUCCACAGAACAUGCAUCCACAUGUUCAGCCUUUUGGUCCUCCUAACUUCCAGCAUGGUCCUCCUCAGUACCAACAACCUCCAUUUCACCAAGGACAGCCACCAUUUCAACAAACGUCAGUAUAUGAUCACAUGGCCCCAGCAUAUGAACAGGGACCAUUUCAGCAAAGUCCUGCUCCAGUGUAUCCUAGCUAUGACUAUCAACAGUAUCCUCAAACUGUACCUUCUAUACCUCAAUACCCAUCUGCUGAAUAUCAAUCCAGCCAGCCUUUCAUACCUCAAGGUGAUAACCAGAUACAUCAGCAACCAUUCCAGCCUACAAGCUAUGUGAAACCUAUAGUGCAUGGAGUUCCAGUGCCAGAUAUGGUACAAGUUCCACCAGAUGGUGCAGGUGCAAGACAGAUGCCUCCGGUUUCUGUACCAAUUUCAGUUGUGGCUACAGGAACAUCUUCAGCAGUAUUGGACACUCAAAGCUCAGGAAGGGUUCUUGUUCCAGUGCCAGUAACCUCAUCAGUACAAACAGAAGGGAAAAAGUUUUCUGCCAAACUUUUCUGGAAGUCGUCCAAACCAUCUCCUUUGACUAAACCAGCAGAAACAUUUCAGUCUUCCAAACCAGUUGGUGAACAAAACAAGGCUACAUUAUCUUCAUCUAAGGCUUUAGUGAUUCCGACUCCAUCUUCAAAGGCUGUAACACAAGCUGAUGAGAUUCCUACCUCUGUAACCUCUGUAAACUCGAAACCUCUUCCAGCUGUUCAGAAACCAGUCACAGAAGACCCAUGGGAUCCAAAUUUUGAUUUGGUUGUUCCUCCAAAAGUUGAAGAACCUGAGCCUGAACGUUCUGUCACUCAAAAAAGAUUGUCAACUGACAGUGGUAUCAUAGUUCCUCCAAAGAAACAGAAGUACAAGCUUCUAGAUUUUACACAAGCAGACACGACAUCGGGGACAAGUCUGGAAUCGGAGAAGCCUUUUGAGAAAGUCGGUGAGUCGGCAAAGACUGCUGCAAAACAAAGUGAAAGUUCCGAGUCAAAAGAAAAUGUGAAACCAAAGUCUGAAGUGGUGGAAAGCAAACUUGAACAUCCAUACUUUGAAGACAUCCAAGAAAACAUCUAUCUGUGUGAAAGGAGGAAAUCUAAACAGAUGAAGAGGAUGGUGUGUGACUGCACGACAUCAAAGGAGGAUCGAGAAAGUGGCAUAGUGGCUUGUGGUGACGACUGCCUCAAUAAAAUGUUACUUAUAGAAUGUGGCUCUCGUUGUCAGUGUGGGGAAUACUGCCAGAAUAAACGCUUUGUAAAGAGGGAGUACAGCAGUGUUAGUCCGUUCUGCGCUGGAAGCAAGGGCUGGGGUCUUACGGCCAGUGAAGAACUCAAAUGUGGUCAGUUUAUAAUGGAGUAUGUUGGAGAGGUGUUAGACUUCCGUGAGUUCAAGAACCGGACGAAGCAGUACGCCAAGGUGAACAUCGUCCAUCACUACUUCAUGGCCCUGACGGCAGACGAGGUGAUUGACGCCACCAUGAAGGGCAACAUCUCGCGCUUCAUCAACCACAGCUGUGAUCCCAACUGUGAAACACAGAAGUGGACUGUAAGUGGUGAACUCAGAAUUGGUUUCUUUGUUAGACGAGAUAUUCAGGCCGGAGAAGAGCUCACGUUCAACUACCAGUUUGAACAUUAUGGUGAGAACGCUCAGAAAUGUUACUGUGGAGCGUCAAACUGCCGUGGUUUCAUUGGCACAGCCAAGACAAUGCCAUUGCGGAAGAAAAAGGACAAGAUUGUGAAGAAAUCUGAAUUAUUUGAAGAUGAAAUGUUGGAAGAAGAGAUAGAGGAAAUGACAGCACUGGAAGGACUGCGUAAAAAAGAUCAUGUUCUCAACUUCUGUCGACUGAUGGUGAGGGCGGUCCGCAUAGACCACAGACUAGAGUUGCUACGCAUUCUACAGGAAACGCCUGAACCCGCCUGUCUGAGAUUCUUCCUCGACUACCACGGCUUGCCAUUGCUCUGGAGCUGGCUCGCGGAUCAAGCCAAAGAAAUGACUGAACUCAAGCUCAAGAUUCUUCAAACACUGAAGCUGCUGCCCAUCAAGAGUCGGACUGUCCUUGUGGAAAGCAAGAUAUUACCCAUCAUUCAGCAGUUGUCUGAACCUGACAGUGAGGCCGAUUCCAACUCGGACCCUCAGCCGGUUCCAUCCAGUCAGACACCAGUCUCGAUCCUCGCCAAACUGAAGCACCGCAUGAAAGAUCGACUUCUCUUUAAAAAACGGGUAACAUUUGCUGAUGAAGCAACGAGUUCUGAUAGCGAUUUGUCGGACUCCAGUAAAAUAACAAGUGUACAGCAGGGUGAUACCGAACUGAAGCUGGGUGAUACCGAACUGAAGCUGGGUGGUACUGAACUGAAGCUGGGUGAUACCGAACUGAAGCUGGGUGAUACCGAACUGAAGCAAGGUGAUACCGAACUGAAGCUAGGUGAUACCGAACUGAAGCAAGGUGAUACCGAACUGAAGCAGGGUGAUACCGAACUGAAGCAAGGUGAUACCGAACUGAAGCUACGUGAUACCGAACUGAAGCAAGGUGAUACCGAACUGAAGCAGGGUGAUACCGAACUGAAGCAGGGUGAUACCGAACUGAAGCAAGGUGAUACCGAACUGAAGCAAGGUGAUACCGAACUGAAGCAAGGUGAUAAAGAAUUGAAACAGGGCGAUAUGGAAUCGAAACAGGGCGAUACGGAAUCGAAACAGGGCGAUACGGAAUCGAAACAGGGCGAUACGGAAUCGAAACAGGGCGAUAUGGAAUUGAAGCAAGAGGUUUCCGAAUCGUGUUCUGUAAAGACUGAACCUGGAAUUGAAAAUUGCGAAACUGCUGUGAGUAAUAAAGCAGAAACAGACAGUUUGGAUGUUGUUUCUGCUGGUGAGACAUCUAGCGAGCAAACUGGCAAGGAAGACAACUCUUCAUCUGAUGGAAAUGCAGUGGGAACUACUUUGCCAUCACGUGAGGAGAAUAUCCAGGGAGAUAACUCUGUUGAGUUGAAUGUUAUUGCCACAGACACUAUUACAGUGGACGGAAGUGACAGUGUUAAACAGGAAGAUGAGGUAGCAGUGAGUGAAGAGGUUGAAAAAGAUGCUACUAAAGAGGUUGAAAUGGACACUAAAGAGGUUGACACCUCAAUAAAAGACGAAACAGAUGGUAAAGAGGUUGUCAUUGUGGUUAAAGAUGAGGUGGCAGCUCUUGCUAAAGAACUGUUGGAACUGUGGAAAGACCUGAAGGAUUACAAGAUACCGAAAAAGGAGAGAAUGGAGGAAUUGAAAAAGACUGAAGCAGAACUAGAUGCACGAUCAAAGUUGCCAGAUAUUAAGGGAUACAAAGAGCGUUUUAAAGACCGAAUCAAGCGGAAAGUGUCGCCGGUUACAAGCAAGACCAGGAAAACCCUGUUGCCUACUCCGGAUGCCAUGACGAAAAUAGAGCGGCGCCAGUUAUUUGAGGCCCAGGUUCGGGCGCAGGACGAGCUGAAUGCCGAAAUACAGCGCCAGCACGAUGAGUACAUCAAACAGAUGUACGAACAGGACCCCAACUACAACCCGCAGUUUGACCCUAACCUCGCACAGUUCCUGCAGCAAGAACAAGACCCUAAUCAACUUUUGGACCCUAACUUACAGUAUGCAGACCCUAAUGCAUAUGUGGACCCUAAUACAGGUUACGUGGACCCUAAUACAGCAUAUGUGGACCCUAAUACAGGGUAUAUUGACCCGAAUACCGGCUACAUCGACCCAAAUACACAGUUUGUGGAUCCCAACAUGGGUUACGUAGAUCCGAAUUCUGGAUAUGUGGACUCUAAUGCCCAGUUUGUGGACCCAAAUUCGGCUUACAUAGACCCCAAUGCAGCAUAUGGUCCUGGUGCCCAGUUUGUGAACAUGGAAGCUGGAGUAGUUGCAGAUCCGGCGUUCCAGGUACAGCAAGGCGUAGUAGAUGUUCAGCAUGCAGCAUUUUCAGAACCGGGGCAGCAGGCUUCCUUCCAGCAAUAUCAGGUUCCGUCCCACCUUCAACAGCAGGCAGCAGCGUUGACUGUACAGCAGCAGCAGCAGCAUUUUGUAGACCCUCAGACGGGGACCCCACAAGUGUUAGCCCAACACCCGGGCACCGCAGUGCAGACAGCCAGCCAGGUCCAGCAGGCUGUGUCAGCCGUCACGCACGUGUUGUCGGGGGUUACAGACAGUCAAGCCGUCCUUCCAGCUGUACAUGCCGUUGCGGCUGCCGUCGCUGAUGUUUCAAACGAUCAGCAUGCAAAUCUGGUCGUGGCGCAGGUACAGCAGCUUCAUCAACUGUUGGCAAUGCAGCAGAACCUGGCAACGAUCGAGGCGGCAUCCCCGACAACAGCUGCCCCCCAGCCACUGGUGGAGGAAGACGUGCCUCCCCCGCCGUCCAUACCCAAACUGAAACUCCCACCCAAGUGGAAAUCGGCCAAGGACAAGGAAGGCAGAACAUAUUAUUACCACAGUAUAACAAAGGUAACGCAGUGGGAAAUACCCACCUGGGACCAGUCAGAAGACAUGGAUUUGUCCACUCCGGAAUAUAAAGUGAAAUCGAAGAAGAAAAGCAAGACGACAACAGCUGCAGCAGACACAUCGAGUGACACGAAGAAGCUAAAGGACCAGUUCAGACAUGAGAUGUCUGCCUUUGUUGUGACGUGUUUGAAUCCAUUCAGAAAACCCGAUUGUGUCAAUGGAAGAAUAUGCAGUACAGACGAUUUUAAACAUCUUGCCAGAAAGCUGACCCAUCACGUGAUGGCCAAGGAGCUGAAACACUGCCGACACGUGGAAGACCUCGAGGUUAACGAGAGUGUGAAGGGCAAGGCCAAAGACUAUGUGAAGAAAUACAUGUCCAGGUUUACCGGCAAAUACCAGAAAGAUGACGACGAUUUCUAACACAACCUGUCCUUGAAGUGCUCUUUAUUUAUAAUGUGAUAGUCUUGAAACAGAGUGAAACAUGACACGGAAGCAGUGUAAGACUCGAGAUGAAGGCUGUUCGUGUAAAAGUGAAGACACUUGGUUGAAAGAUAAAUGCUGAAGGAGAAGACCUUUUUUCCAAAGUUGAAGGUCUUUUGUCCUGCGUUAAAGGCUGGCUGUUCAAAGGGGAGAACCAUUUGUCAAAGUUGAAGACUGUCCAAAGUUGGAAAUUGUUUUCCCGGUGCUGGUGCCUUAGUUCAGUAAAUACAACAAAGUAUAGCUCCACGAGAUAGGACUAAUGUAUGGAGUCUGAGCAAUGAUUUGAUAUUCAGUAAAUACAACAAAGUAUAGUUCUACGAGAUGGGACUAACGUAGAGAGUCUGAGCAAUGAUUUGACAUUCAGUAAAUACAACAAAGUAUAGUUCUACGAGAUGGGACUAAUGUAGAGAUGGGACUAAUGUAGAGAGUCUGAGCAAUGAUUUGACAUUCAUUAAAUACAACAGUAUAGUUCUACGAGAUGGGACUAACGUAGAGAGUCUGAGCAAUGAUUUGACAUUCAGUAAAUACAACAAAGUAUAGUUCUACGAGAUGGGACUAAUGUAGAGAUGGGACUAAUGUAGAGAGUCUGAGCAAUGAUUUGACAUUCAGUAAAUACAACAAAGUAUAGCUCCACAAGAUGGGACUAACGUAGAGAGUCUCAGCAAUAAUUUGAUGUUCAGUAAAUACAACAAAGUAUAGCUCCACGAGAUGGGACUAAUGUAGAGAUGGGACUAAUGUAGAGAGUCUGAGCAAUGAUUUGACAUUCAGUACAUCUUGACGUGAAGUAAUACCUACCCGCUAACAAAUCAACAAUGAAGUUCACAUAGGUUAACAAGGAUGGGGUUACCAUUGUAUAGUGCAAAACUGACAUUCUGCUGGAGGAACCAUCCACUGAGUUGCUGGUUAAUCAUUGCCACACCGGUGUGUUCAUUUGGCUGAUUACCAAGGGUAAGAAACCUAAUAUGGCUGGAUGGUUGACUUAUUGUUGUGUUUAGUUCUCUAAAUCAUCGUUCCUUUGUUAUAAAGACUUUUCAGAUUGAUUUUUAACAAGGGCUAUAAUCAGUUGUCCACUGGCUACAACAUCUCAGUUUGACUGGAAUCCAGGGAUACCAUUGCAGCAGUCCCAGAAAUGAAAAUGAUGUCUUGCAAAAAAACUAGCAUCCAGAGUCAGGCAGUUUCUGUCAGAAAAUAUUUUCAUAUCCUGAUGAUAAUUAUAGUGCUUAUUAACUACACAUUUUUAAAAAUUAAUUAUUCACUUAGCACAUUGUCAAAAAAAACUAAACUUAUGAAAAAAACAAAAAGGAUUUUUUUUAAAUCUCCAUCUUCAUACUUGUAGAAUUUGAGAGAAAACAUAGCCUGGUUUAAGGUAAUACAAAUUAAAAGAUUUGUUUAAUGACUCCACAAAAGCACAUUGACCUUUUAAUCAAUGUCUGCAGGAUGUAAAACAUUUGAUAAUAUGGACAUAUCGUUUUAGAGGAAACCUAUAUUUGUUAAUCAGCAGCAAAGGUUUCUUUUAUAUGCACAUACUAUGGUAUUUAAUAUACCAGUCGUGGGGCACUGAUUGUAACGAAAGUAAAGUCUAUCAGAGAAUGGGUUCACGGAGGGACUCCGAUUAUACAACCCAAACACCUCAGGCGAGUGCUCUACUACUAGAGCUAUUCAUGAAUAAAACUCUACCAGUUGAGCUCUGUGAAUUUUAGUGUUUUACCUAAGACAAAAGAAAUAUGUGCGUUUUGAUGAUGCAGCGGGUUCAGGAUGUGUUAAAUAUUUAGAUCUCUCUCUCUUGAGAUAACUUGUGAUAGAUUAAUUUUGUUGAGCCAUCAGUACACCGGGUGGUGUGUUCAGGGCCGUGGUACUAGAGCUGAGAUCGCCGUAAGUUCAUAACUACCUAAGAUCACUUCGUGGAACAGGGACCAGGUCUGUAAAAUGGCAACCUUUAUCUGGCAGCUCAUUUCGUUCAUGCAUUCAUUAUUCAUGUAUGGUCUAACCGUCUGUGUGUCUGUCUGUCCGUCUGUCUGUUUUACCUCCAGUGUUUAGGGGUUUUUCUAGAUUCAAGUGCUUGAUUGAAUUUGUAAUUUGUAUGUCUGUCCACCAGUCUGGAAACUAAAUGUUACUUGUAGCUUCAAGUGAUAUCUUGACGAAUAUUGACUGCUUGUUAAUAGUGGGCUGAAUUUGUUACGCCAGUCAAGUCAUUGUUGAGCAGCCAUCUCAGGAACCACCAGAUUAUGUCCCUGGGCCCCAUUCUACGAAGCGAUCUUAGCCCUAAGAUCACCUUAAGUGCAAAACAACCUUAUGCACUUGAGGUGAUCUUAGCACUAAGAUCGCUUUGUGGAACAGAGCCCUGGUAACAAUUAUUAAGUGUUAUCUAUAUGCACACAGAAAAGACAGUGCAGUUUUUCCAAUGAGCAAAAUAUAGGAGAAUUGGGGAUCACUCUUUACAAAUGGUGCUAGGUAAGCAGUCCCAUGAAGUUGGAAAUAAAAUUUAGAUUUGUAUUGCAAGGCGAUUAGUUUGCCACUUUCUUAAAACGUUUUCCAGGUGAGUAUGCAAAGAGUGUGCAAAGACUGCCAUGUGAACACAAAAAAUCUUAUCUGUGCAACCUUUGUAAUUCAGAAAAUUGGCUAUGGCAAAAUCAAAUGCUGUGGUAAAAGUAGUUUGGUUCAGCUAAAAUACACUUUGUUUCAGCAUUUGAGUUUUAAAUAACUGUCCCUUCAUUCAAGUUGCAUUGGGUGAAAAAAAAAAACACACCAUAAAGUGAUUCCAUUAUACCUCAGCUUUUUACAUGGUAUUGCUGAAUGAUGACACAAAUUGCUGCUGUGUGAACACCGAUAAAAAGACUGUACCCUUGUAUGAAAAUAGAAAUUGUGAAUAGAGUUAUCAUUAUCAUUAAAGAUUCACAAUAUUUAUAGCCAAUAGCAAUUUGUUGUAGAUCUUAAAUAGUGAAAGAUACAUGGUGUUUCUUUCGUAAAAUGUUAAUUUCUGCAGGUUCUUCUUGUUGAUUUGUUUUUCUAGUGUUUUUAUCAGUCCAAAACAGGCUACCAGUGUUGUUUUUGUUUUUGUUUUCUAUUGAUGAGAUGGGGUAUUGUAGAAUCUACUGAUUUAUAAAGAUCCUCAGUGCCUGUCGUAAAUUUGCCCAUAAUUGUAUGUUAGUAAAGUGUGUCCCGUGAUGUGAUUAAUACCAGUUUCCACUAUACAGGUGGUUUGAAGGAGAGCAUACCGGUUUCCACUAUACAGGUGGUUUGAAGGAGAGCAUACCGGUUUCCACUAUACAGGUGGUUUGAAGGAGAGCAUGUACCUUUAACUUGCAGCUUAACAUUAUUAUAGUGCUCUGAGACCAGUUACAAUUAAACCUGCUUUACACACAUUUCUUCGUUAGGCUGCCUUUCCAUCAGUGCCGUUCUCUCUCCGCUGGCUAGUUGCUUGGUUGUUUACCCAUGCAGCUGGCACAUUUCCACUGAGGUAUUCCCAUGACAGGGUUCCUUCCCUAUUUCUCGUUCCAGCCGUGGUAUGUGCUAUCCUAUCUGAGGGUUGGUGCAUAUAAAAGAUCCCUUGCUACUAAUGGAAAAAUGUUGCAGGUUUCCGCUCUAAGACUAUGUAGGAGGUUUCCUCUAAGACUGUAUGUUGAAAUUACCAAUUGUUUGACAUCCAAUAGCUGAUGAUGAAUAAAUCCAUGUGCUCUAGUAGUGUCAUUAAAAAAAAAAAUCAUUUUAACUUUGGUUCGUUCCAUGACAUGAUUUUUUAGGUUUCCCUUGCAUAUGUGGCCAUACAGCUGGACAAACAUCGAUACAUGAUCCACUUUUAGUUUAUUCCACAAGGCUAGCACCCAUGUCAAUGGCAAGACAUCAGUGCAAAUCAGCUUAUUAAAUGUUUACAGCCAGAUGGCAGAGUUAACCGUAUGGCUAAAACCGCUGUGCUAGCUCUGGCAGUCGCCAAAUUCGCCAAUUGUCAAUUUUAAAAACCAUUGGCAUAUUUUAUUUUAAUUUGGCGAAAUAAUUGCAUGUAAUAAUUGAUAUUUUGUUAGUAAAUAACUGUGUUUCAGCCAUUUUUAAGUUCAAUAGACAAUUCGGCAAAAUUUUCUGGUCACCUAGAACUAGCCCUGAACUGCACUAGUGGAAAGGCAGCCGUAAACAGAUUCUUGCAUGUUGCCAUUAGAUGGAUUUCUGAAUAUUUUGGGAUUAAAUGUAUGCAGUUUCGAGUUCAUAUUAAGUUUGUUUUUCUCAUUAUCUAUGCUGAAGCACACUUCGGAAACAUGAAAUGAUGUAUGUCAUAUCCAAAGGUUCAGCAAAUAGAAGUGUAUCAUUGCCAUUGUGUAAUAUAUUUUCGUCAUUCCCAUCAGAUGAGUAUUUACUUAUGAGAAGACUUGAGAAGGUUCACUUUGAUAUAUGAAUCUAUUAUUUUUAUCAUUGAAAUUACAAUGGAAUUUCAUCUUUUACCACUUAAAGCAUUUUAUCAUUGUAUAAUUAUGAUUUAUAUUUUCUUCUUUUUUUUUUUUUAGAGUUUUAUUGAAAAAACGCACACAACACUCAAUAACAGAAGAAUGUUUGGGUGUUUUGUUGCCAAUUUUGUUGUUACAGUUGAAAAGUGUUUAUUAUUCAUAGAUUUAUGUGUCCCUGUAUGGAUAUAAGGAUUUUAAUGAAUCAGGUUGGUGUUUUGUGCAGAUGGUGUGUACAUAUUGUUGUGUACAAAUAACCUGCCUGAAUGAAUACAUGAAGUAAAAUGUUUUAAAAGUAAACUUUUUGUACAAAAUAAAAUUUUGUUGUUUUGUAA